CCCUUUGUGGAGGGCGCCGGAAUUGUCUGUGUUUCGUACGUAACCAAACGCUUGUUCUUCGUUAGGGGAAGGAGAUACCUAACAGCCGACCAAUUUCUCCCAUAAAUCAUAAACCCUACAUUUUCACUCAAUCUUCACUGAAAUAUAUCCAAUGCCUGAUUGAUUAAUACUCCAUUUCACAGCAUUUUGAAGACUGAUUCUCACACUUUGACCAUUGACGUUAUUAUUUCAUGUUUUGACGGAUGGAACAAAGUAAAGAUCGGUUUUUUCGUUUGAAUUCCUACUCCUGUUGUCUUCGCCUCGCCUCGCCUCAAUCUAGUGAAAUUGGAGGGAUAGCAACAGAAGAAACAAAUUAGGAGUUGAAUUAUUUGUUGAUUACUGCAAGAUUCAGUUAGGGGAAGAUGUCUGCAAUCUAUGAUAACUGGGAGAGGCUGGUGGCUGCUGCUGUGAAGAAACAGCAGAUAUGGGAACUCUGCCAUCGAUCUUCUAGCACCCUCUCCGAUGAUUCGUAUCUGUCUUCUUCCUUUGGUGAUCUGAGCUUUGAAAUUUCAAGAUCACACAAGCUGGUUCUUGUCUCACAGUUUUGCCCUGCUUUUGAUGUCGAAGAUGUAGCCUUGGCUUCUGUGAAGUUGCUUGGGGCCGGAACCUUUGGAAGUGCGUAUGUAGCUAUAGUCGAUCAUCAGCCAAGAUUUCUGGUGAAGAGGCUCGAGUCGGAGGGUAUCUCUGAACUGGAUUUCAGGCGGAGCAUGGAGAUUCUUGGAGGUGUUAGGCACGAAAAUGUGGUCGCGUUAAGAGCUUAUUAUUCUUCGAAGAAUGAAAGGCUUAUGCUGUAUGAUUAUUACAGUAACGGAAGUGUGCAUUCGUUGUUACAUGGCCAAACGGCAAAUGUAGACUGGGAAACCAGAGUAAAAAUUGCCGUUGGUGCAGCGAGGGGCAUUGCUGAAAUACGCAAAGAACUUGGUGGGAUGCUUGUCCAUGGAAACAUUAAGGCAUCAAAUAUUAUUCUCAAUCAACAACUAUACGGCUGUGUAUCAGAUUUCGUCUUGUCAAACAUGACGAAAACUAGACUCAAACCAACUGCAUCAGAUGUGUAUAGCUUUGGAAUUCUGCUACUCGAGCUUCUAACAAGAAAGGAUCCUGCAGCUGUUAACCUAGUCAAGCUGGUUAAAUCAGUUAAAACUAACUAGAGGGCUGCUAACGUUUUCGAUCCCGACCUCUUGAAGCAUCCUUCCAUUAGUGAACAGAUGAUUAAAAUGCUGCAAAUAGGAAUUAGAUGUGUGGCUAAUUCAGCAAAGAGGAGACCUAAAAUAUCUGAAGUGGUGGAGAUGUUGGCGGAUAUAGGCAUAUCGAACCGAGUGAGCCGCUCUUUGAACUCAACGAGCUGGGAAGGAAAACUUGUAUUUCUUGAGGAUGUUAAUGUAGAUCCCGUAUGUGGGAUCGAGAAUUUACUGGAGGCUUCUGCUGCUGAGGUGCUUGGGAAAGGAUCAUUCGGGAAUAGUUACAGGGCAAUACUCGACAAUGGAAGUGUAGUUGUGGUGAAGAGAUGUAAAGAUGUGAAUCCAACAUUCAAGGAUUUUCAGAAGCAUGUGGAGUUAUUUGGAAGAAUGAAUCACACGAAUAUCGGUAGAUUAAAGGCUUUUUACUAUGCAAGAUAUGAAAAGCUUUUGUUGUAUGAUUAUUACACUCAAGGCUGCAUAUCUUCACUACAUGGGAUAAGAGGUGAUGACUGGGUAACCAGAGUCAAGAUUGCUCUUGGAGCAGCAAGAGGUAUCGCUCACGUCCACGGACAAGAUCAGGAUCUUGUGCUCGGAAAUAUAAAAUCCUCCAAUAUUUUACUCAAUGACCAAAAUCAUGCCAUUGUGGCCUUUGAUGCUGGAUUGGCAAAUCUGAUAAGUCCCGAGAGGCUGCCACGUGUACUAGAUUCGGUCUACUGUGCCCCAGAAGUAAAAAACGCAGGGAGAGUGUCACAGGCUUCUGAUGUUUAUAGCUUUGGAGUUGUGCUGCUUGAACUUUUUUACGGAGAAUCAUCUCAAGAUUUCACUGCCUGA